GAAGUAAAAAUAGUGAAGAGCAGAUAUGGCAAUGUAAGCUGAGACGAAGAAGAAGAAGAAGAAGAAGAAGAAGAAGAAGAAGAAGAAGAAGAAGAAGAAGAAGAAGAAGAAGAAGAAGAAGGAGAAGUAAUGCUCGAGAGUUUGUCAUGCUACAUGUUUGUAUCUGCUCAGGUGUGUCUGGGGGUUAGGCAGAAAUUGAACAAACACAGUGACUACUUCUCUACAGCUGAGAGUGGAUCUUGAACGCCGUUCAGGUUGAUUAUUUGGCUCCUAUGAUCCAUGUGGCCUUUAUAGGCUGGAUAGACUUUCAUCUAUUCUCCUGAUCCACACACAGCCUGCAGUCAUGGAGAAGCAACUGGAGGAGCUAAAGCAGCAGCUAGAAAAACAAUGUAUGAUCAACCAGGAGCUGCAGAGGCAAAACAAAGACCUGGAACAACGACUGCAGGAGAAAGAAACACUUUUGCAGGAGCUGGACAGUCAAUAUAGUGAUCUGGACUUUCCCUCUCAGAGCGGUAAUGACAUUAAACCGGAGGUCAGGAAGAGCCGUGCGGCAGUCAUUGCCUCCGAACCAAUCCCAGAGACCCUGGAGAUUACACGCAAGAGGGUCAAGAAAACUGUCAGCGAGACAAAUCUGAUCGUCAAAGCCAUCCAGAAGAAUGACUUCCUGAGCCGCCUCGACGAUGAGCAAACAGCCAUGAUGGUGGAUCUCUUGGCAGUAUCUAGCUUCAAACCGGGGGAAGACAUCAUUAAAGAGGGCUCUGAAGGAGACAGCAUGUACAUAGUAGCAGCUGGCGAGCUCCUUGUAACCCAGGCAGGCCGUAACCUCCGCAGCCUCACCACUGGUGAUGUGUUCGGGGAGCUGGCCAUCUUGUACAACUGCAAACGCACAGCAACAGUCAAAGCAAAGACAUUAGUGCGUCUGUGGUGCAUGGAGCGACAAACCUACAGGACGAUCAUAACCAACAAGUCCAAGAAGAAACGAGAGCAGCUCAUGGGCUUCCUGAAGACGUCACAUACUCUGAAGGACCUGAAUAAUGUCCAGUUGUCUAAAAUCCUUGAUUCUAUGGAAGAGGUGAGGUACCAGGACAAAGAUGUUAUAGUUCGAGAAGGAGCAGAAGCAAACACAUUCUACAUCAUCCUCAAAGGAGAGGUCCUGGUGACUAAGAACGUGAAUGGGCAACAGAAGCAGAUUCGCAGGAUGGGAAAAGGGGAGCAUUUCGGAGAACAGGCCCUCAUACGGGAAGUGUUGAGAACUGCCACUUGCAGUGCUGAUGGCCCUGUGACCUGCUUCUCCAUUGACAAGGAGGUAUUCGAAGAGACAAUUCCCAUAGAACACCUGGAGCUGUUUGACGACUCCAAAGUGCUGCAGGAGGUACAACCGCCACAAAAGUCGAGUACCAGCUCCACGUUGAGAUUUAAGGACUUGGUCUCUGUGCAGUACCAGGAGGGACGCUAUCAAGGAGACCCUGUCACGCUUGGAGUCGGAGGGUUUGGCCGUGUUGCGCUGAUGACCACAGUGAAUCAUGGGAAAUAUUACGCCAUGAAGCGAGUCAGCAAGAAGCACAUUGUUGCCAAGAGACAGGAGGAGCACAUGCUGUUUGAGAAAAAGAUCCUUAAAGCCACCCAGUGUGACUUCAUCGUCAGGCUUCAUGCAGCUUUUAAAGACGCACGAUACAUCUACAUGGUCAUGGAGUUCUGUGUUGGGGGAGAGAUCUGGACCAAACUCAAAGAAGUAGGGCGUUUUGACGAGCCCAUCGCUGUGUUCUGCACUGCCUGUGUGGUGGAGGCCUACGCCUACCUCCAUAAGAAGAAUAUCAUGUACAGAGACCUGAAGCCCGAGAACCUGAUGCUGGACGUAAAGGGCUACGUCAAACUGGUGGACUUUGGUUUUGCCAAGGAGUUGGUGCGUGGUGAGAAAACCUACUCAUUUGUAGGAACUCCUGAGUACAUGGCCCCAGAGAUCAUCAAGAACCAGGGACAUGACUUUGCAGUUGACUUUUGGUCCCUUGGCAUCCUGAUCUAUGAGCUAUUGGUGGGAAGCCCUCCCUUUUCAAGUUCAGAGCCUCAGAAGAUUUACGCUAAGAUUUUGGACGGGGUGAUCAAGUAUCCACCUUACCUGAGUGAGGCAUCCAAGUCCAUUAUUAGCAAAAUGUGCAGACCUCGGCCGGGUCAGAGGUUAGGAAACACCAAGAAUGGAAUCAAAGAUGUCCGGCAUCACAGGUGGUUCAGCAGUAUGAACUGGCACAAGCUGCGUGUGGGUCAGCUCGACGCACCCACAGUCCGGCUCAUACGCAAGGGCCCCUGCUAUAUCAACUUUGAUCGUUUCCCUCUUGAUCAGACUAAGGCAGAAGAGGAGUUCUCUGGUUGGGAUCGUGACUUCUGAUAUUAAAGGAUCAAAGGCCUACAUCACCCAAAUAUGGUUGUAGGAGGAUCGUCAUAUUGAAAAAAAAACACAACCCAUUUCAUACUAAUUGGAUUUUUCAAUUAGAGUGGAACUGCAGGGUAUAACUUUUUCCAAAGUAUGUAUCAAAGCUUCUCUGUUGCCAUAGUGAAACAACCAUCUAUGUGGCGAAGUGCCAAAAUAUGAGGAGGUGUUGAGACAAGAUGUUAGGACAUUCUGUUUUUAGAUUCAGUACAGGGAAAUGUGUUUCCUGAUGAAGAUGUGUUAACUACAUCAUCCAUAUAACACACUUCACUGAUUAGAAUAAAACACCUGUCCAUGUAGUUGCUAGCUGAGAAAAAAGGCUUGAGUCAUGUCGUACAAUUUGUACAAAAGGCCAGCUCUUACCAAGCCUGACAAUACAAUCGAUACUGAUGUCAUAUCUGUACUGUACUCCAAUGUUUAUUCUUAUCUUGGAUGUAUGUUAGUUUAAGAGAUAAAACAUGCUUAACUGCUUAAAGCAAAGCUGUUAAAUUCUUUAAUAUUGUUAAAGUUGGGUUUUAAAAACAACUUUCUUGAGGAGUUUUCCUUUGUUUUUGGAUGAUCUGCCGCCUUUUUGUGUGCAGAUUAUUUCCACGCACCUUGAUUGUAUCUUGAAAAGAUCAUAGAACAUCCUAAUGAAAAUUUCUACAUGACUCGAGUUUAGUAAAUAAAAGUGCUCUUAUAUGCUUGAGCUGUGUUUGUUUUCUAUACUUACCCACCAUUGUAUUACAAUGAAAUCCCAAGUGUGAAACGGUGCACUUUUUGUUUUUGCUGUUGUGGACAAAUCCCACACAUAUGGCAUACAGUAAGCAAUGUCUGAGUGAACAUAAGGGGAAAUAUUGUGCUUAUAAAGAUGUUAUUAGAGAGAGACAGAGUGCUACAUUUACAGGUUUAAUCUCAUUGUUUGCAGCUGAUUGUUUGGCUCCGGAGAGGUUCAGCGGUCUGUCAUGGCAGCAGGUUUUAAGGCAAGAGUCCUUUUUUUGCUUCCUGUCAAUGCCGAUGAAUUUUCUAUUGAGACUAUUUUUCCACAUCAGAAAAAAACCUCACAUGAAAGCAAUGAUAUCUCCCUAAGGUGAAAGAUACACUACCAGAUAUUUUCCUCCUGCAGAAAAAUAGAAAAACACCUUGAAGUCUAGAAUUGAAUGCAUUGGCAGCAGUGGCUCAGAAGAUGUACAGUAUAGUAGAUCUGUUCACAGUAGUAACAUGUGGGUUCAAAAUGGUUUUAUACGUCCUAUAUACCUG